AUGGACGACCGAUGCCGUGUGAUACCUAAGCACUCUGGACGCAACGUGCUUCCGAAUACUCCUCUUUUUUCCAGAAUCCUGCGGUUCGCGAGUCGAACACCUGCGCGCAUAGCUAUUGAUGACGUCCGCUUGAAUCUUCAAAAGACACAUCUGGAGUUGCUUUCGGAUGUACUGGCCUUACGAGAAAGUGUUUACCGUUUACUGACUGACGCGGCGCUUGAAGCCCUGGAAAAAAGAGAUGAGGUAUACAUAGCCGUCGUAGCGGCUGGAGGGUAUGAAUACACUGUGGCGGUACUAGCGAUACUGGCGCUCGGUGCUGCCGUAGUCCCACUGACACCGGCUCUGCCGGUAGAAGAAGCAGUGUACUUUGUCGAGAAGUCAAGAGCCGCACUGGUUCUAGCUAGCUCAUUGGACUGGAUCAAAUGUCUUGAUCUGGAAAAGCGGAUCGGGAUAACAAGCGAUAAGCAUUUUCGAGCUGUGGCCAUCAAGCCCUCCAUCUCGUCCCCUAUACUCGAUGCUAGAGACAUUAUCAUCUCUUCAGACCGUGCCUUGGAUGAGAAUGCGCCCGCUGUAGUCAUCUUCACCAGUGGGACUACUGGAGCGCCCAAGGGGGCGGUAAUGAGAAGGGCUUUCAUCUUUGACUGCGCGCUAGAAGUAGCGGAUCAUUACCAGUUAGAUCAAGACGACGUCGUCCUUCACGUCCUUCCAGUGCAUCAUGCGACUGGUGUGGGUAUCAAUUUCUUCCCCUCCCUCGUAUCCGGUAGUCGUAUCGAGUUCCGCAGUGGGGGCUUUGAUGAAAAGCAAAUGUGGGAACGGUGGAAGCAAGGUGCUACGGAUCCUCGAAAACGGCUCACUAUCUUCUCCGGCGUACCCACCAUAUACAUGAGAAUGAGACGAUAUUAUCAAAACAAAUUACGCAAACUACCUGCAGACGAGAUCGCGAAGUAUGUUGCAGGCGCAAGGCAGUUCCGGGCUUGCUUGUGCGGAACGUCAGCACUACCUCAACCACUUAACGACUUCUGGAAGAGCAUAAUGCAAAAACCGAUCUUACAGCGGUACGGAGCGACGGAGUUUGGAGCCAUCUUCAAGAUGCGUCUUGGCGAUAACGACGUUCCGGAAGGCUCUGUAGGCGAAAUCGCCAGUGGUGUUGACGUGAGACUGUCCGAAGGGGACGAGGGGGAGGUGCUUGUGAAGAGUCCGCACAUGUUUUCAAAGUACCUACGUGAUCCCGAAGGAACUGCGAGGGCUCAUGACCCAGAUGGCUACUUCCGAAGCGGCGAUAUUGCACGACGAGACGGUAAAUACUACUACAUUAUCGGGCGAGCCUCUCUAGAUAUCAUCAAGUCGGGCGGAUAUAAGAUAUCUGCGCUGGAUGUCGAGCGCGAGCUGCUAAGCCUGCCAUAUGUCGCAGAAGCCAUGGUGGUCGGCGUGCCAGAUGAGGAGUACGGGCAACGCGUCGCUGCAUUGAUCUCGCUACAGGAAGGGGAGAUGCCUACCGGCCUACUGAGAAUGAAUAGUGGAGCGAAACGCGUCUUGACCAUCGACGCUCUGCGUCGAGAUCUACGCGAAAGAUUAGCGGGAUACAAGCUGCCUACACUUCUGAGAAUUGCGGAUGGCGAGCUGCCGAAGACAGCCACAGGCAAAGUGCAGAAGAAGAUCCUCGGGCCUCGCUACUUCCCUGCUGAUCAUCACGAGCUUCCGAAAGUACAGAAAUGGGUCGCGCGUUCGACCUUGGCGAAGCUGUGA